UAAACCUCAACCGUUCGGUUCCGAUCUAUCCGCUAUUCCGCUCGCAAGAAGCAUCGCGCGGCGAUCGAAUUUCCUGUCCCUGUUAUUCGCUCGUAUUCGUCAAUUUGCCAUUGCACGCGCGUUUCACUUCUCCCAGCCGAACUCGAAAUGGUCAUCCAAAUCGACGCUGUUGAAUCGCGAUCGCGAUCGGACCGAUGAAUCGAAACUGCUUGCUAGUCGAACGAGUGCGCCGAAUAAUUCGGAGGACCGUCAGCUGUGAUAUUAACGAAUUAAUUCGAAAAAAAAACGGUAGUUUCCUGAGGUUUACGACGGCUAUUUAUAAAUCGAAAUGUUGUAGAAAAAUUCAGUCUCACCGUUGAAUCUUUUUUUUCCGAUGACUGAAUCGUGCGUUUCUAAUUUAACACAGUGCAACGGCGGUCAAGCGAAUCGAUGACGUUUCGAUGCGACGAGCGCGAGUCACUCAUCUCGGGAACUUAUUAUUUGACGGACGAUCAUCGUAAUUCAGCCUCGAAUCCGCGCAAAUUUGCGUAACUUUAUUAACGAGUUUAUAUCGAAUCCCCAAGUCGCGCGCACGGUUGGUUCCAUCAAGAUGGAGAACUGACUUUCGGGCGAAUCGGUCCCGAAGAGCGGCGCCGUAGAAUUUCGUUGAUCCACAUCGUGAAUCACGGUGAAUCACGAUGGUGGUUUCCCCAUCGUGCGACCAUGCCGUGACCGUCGGAAACCCAUGCGGCUAUCGUUGUGUACCGGGGUACGAGAUGAGUCACGAGGAUACCUCGUUGAUUCGAAGUGAGCGCGGAUGAAGUGAUUACGAGGACUCCGUGGAUUUUCGAAUCGCGGACCAGCCUGGUCCGAGAGCGAUCCAGGGAUCAGGAUGCGGUGGAUCGGUUACGUGGCCACGAUUCUCUGGUGGUCGGGCAUCGCCAGGUCUCUCAGCACGCUGAAUCGAGGUCACAGUUACAAAAUCAGUCCGAAGCCCUGCAGAGUGCCCGGUUCCGAGGGCAAGGAAGGCACGUGCAUGUUCGUGUGGGAGUGCAUCAAAUCCGAAGGCACGCACGUGGGCGUGUGCGUGGACAGCUUCAUGUUCGGUAGUUGCUGCGUUCACAACACGACGGUGAACACGAUAAAUGCGUCUCAUCAUCAUCAGCAGCAGCACAACAGUCCAACGGGUGCCUUAAGACCGACAUUACCCCAGGCGGAGUCAGCCGCGAACGGGACUACCAGACUGCCGUCGACCUCCCUCUCGAGUUUCUCCUGGAUAACGCCGAGCACCGUGAAACCAAGUGUUCAUCAAUUCUCAGAAUCUCACGGUUCCACCGGAAGCUCGACCAGGCCAAUGAAACCGUUCUCGCAUGGGGCGAGACCUUUGCAAAAAAGACCGCACGCCAAACCAACGUCCGAGCAUGACGUCAAUAGGCAGCAAACUCCGGCAGUGUCCUCCGUGUCGUUGAGCACGUGGGCGGGAAGUAGGCCGCAGGGAACGAAGAGACCCGGGAAUCAUCACGAAGGUCAUCAGAAGACCAGACCAGCGAACACAGAGAGACCGUCAUCCGUGCAAAGCCAACCGGGCUUCAAGGAUAAAGAGACUCAUAACACGUUAAUCGUGCGAUUGCCAGGAAAGGAACAUGCCGAUGAUGAAAUCGCAGAGUCGAACAAACCGAACAAGCUGAGCAAACCAGGAAAACCGAACAGUCAAAGGCCAUCCGAGUCGAGGCCCGAUGACAGCAAAACCGAGGAUACAGAUCUCAAUGUGCAAGAAACGAUCAAUCGACCGAACGUCAAUUCCGUCAUUGAGAAUGAAACGGCGAAAGAGUCGCAUCCAAGUCUGAAUUUUAUACACACCGAACGGCCGCAUUGGGCUACCAAGCCGCAAUCGAAACCGUCGUCAACGGAUUUCUCUAAGCCGUUCUUCUCUAUCAAGACGACCACUUAUCGACCAGUUUCGAUAAGCAAUCAGGCAGAUCAUAGACCGAAUUUUAUCUCGAAACCGAGCACUUGGGCCACGAAAACGUCAUCGUCAAUGACAACGACGACGACCGUCAGACCGAUGUACGUCAAACAGCCUUCCACCAGCGCAGCCGGAUCCGUACCACAAACCUCUCAUUGGCAAGUAACUACAGAACCGGCGUUCGUCACUAAACAGAAACCGUCGUCGUUAUCCUUAGUGUCAACAUCAUUCUCUUCGCCCUCGUCAUCUUCGUCCUCGUCGUCGUCCAAACCGACAACUGCGAUUACUGUAUCGGAGACCGUGAGAAUACCGUCUUCAAGCACAAAUUCUCAUUUCUGGUCCAACAACUGGACGCCGCCUAGACCGUCCAUGAAACCGCAUUGGACGGAUAGUCCUAGUCUUCUUCAGAACGGUCCGGAAAACUUUCCACCGCGACCGAACUUCAAGCCGACCGAGCCGCAAAGCACCGAGUACCAGAAGCCGCUGGGUUCGGCGCAUUACAUAACAACGUCCCACUUGGAGACGUCAACUAGGCCGCGACCGACGAAGAAAACCACAACGUUAAGCACGACGUCGUCCGCAUUGACGUCCUCUUUCACCAGCGUUACAACCAGCCCGACGACCGCGAUGGCGACGAUGACAACGACUACGGGCAGCACGACGGCGACCAGCGCGAGUAUCGCGAGUAGUACCACGAGCGUGACCACUAAAUCAGAAGCGUCGAGUACCGAAACGGUGAGCGAGAAAGCGACAGGUUCGGUGAUGACGGUAGCAGCGGCCGACGAAAGCAAGAAUAUGCAAUGCGGCGUGCCGCCGCUGUUUCCGCGGCCGGAAACGAGAAUUGUCGGCGGCAAGGAUGCGCCGUUCGGCCGCUGGCCUUGGCAGGUGUCCGUGCGUCGCACCUCCUUCUUCGGCUUCUCGAGUACUCAUCGGUGCGGCGGAGCGGUACUCAACGAGAACUGGAUCGCCACAGCGGGCCACUGCGUCGAUGAUUUAUUGACAUCGCAAAUCCGGAUACGAGUCGGCGAGUACGACUUCUCGUCGAUCCAGGAACGGCUGCCGUAUGUGGAACGCGGCGUCGCCAAGAAGGUCGUGCAUCCCAAGUACAAUUUCUUCACGUACGAGUACGACCUGGCGUUGGUGCGACUCGAGAGCGCGCUGACCUUCGCCGCGCACAUCUCGCCUAUCUGCCUGCCGGCCACGGACGAUCUUCUGAUCGGCGAGAACGCGACGGUCACGGGCUGGGGAAGGCUGAGCGAGGGCGGAACACUACCCACCGUGCUGCAGGAGGUCUCUGUGCCGAUAGUGAGCAACGAUAGGUGCAAGUCGAUGUUCUUAAGAGCCGGCCGACACGAGUUCAUACCAGAUAUUUUCCUCUGCGCCGGUUACGAGACCGGUGGGCAAGAUUCGUGUCAGGGCGACUCCGGAGGUCCUCUUCAGGUGCGAGGGAAGGACGGCAGGUACUUCCUGGCUGGUAUCAUAUCCUGGGGUAUCGGAUGCGCGGAGGCCAAUUUACCAGGCGUCUGCACGCGAAUCUCCAAGUUCGUGCCGUGGAUUUUGAAGAACGUCACCUGAUCCGCCGUACGAAAGUCGCGAUA